AUGAAGUACUUCAUGUGGUUAAAACAAUGCAAACGUCGUUUGGAGCUGAAUUCCUUCGAUAAUUUGAUUUGGCUCCUUAAUUUAUUGCCAACUCUCUGUGGCUUUCCGUUAUUCGAUGUGAAGUUCAACUACUUAUUUUGGACAGUUCACAUGAUUCUUCUCUUUUACAUCUACAUCGUGGGUAUUGUGGUUUACCAAAUGUAUUCCACUCAGGGUUUCAUCGACUGCAUCAACAGUUUUUUCAACGUUUCUGCUUUCACCCUGGUCUUCGUUGACGGUUGGUGGAUUUAUACAAAAAGGAAAGAAUUCAACGAUUUACUGGAAGUAGUGAAGAAGAAUGACGAUCUGAUUAUAGAAACAGGGCGAUUUCUUCAUGUACACAAGAAAAUGUUGAGGAGCAUUAAGAUUAUUAUCAUUAUGUGCUAUAUUUUUCAUUUCGUUAACGAAAUACUGAUAUUCAUUCCUUUUAGAACCUUGCGUAUGGAUGAUUUCUCUAUCGCCUCUUGUGUUGGUUUAGAACCCGUCGAUACUAGUCCAAACCACGAGGUUUGCAUGGGGCUGUUAGCAGUUCAAGUAGUAACUUCUGUUGUGCUUGUAUGCAGUUACGACCUCUCGUUACUGUUUCUGUUCUCUCACACCACUGCUGUAUUUCAAAUUCUUUUUGAAGAAAUGUGGAGUUUAAAUGACAUUACACAAACUUGUCAAAAUUCCGAUGAAGAUUAUGCUGCAAUUGUAGCACGAUUAAGAAAUGUUAUUGUUCGACAUGUGCUAGCCUUGCAAACUGUUGGGAAACUGGAAAAUAUCUUCAGUGUCAGCAUAGGCAUAUGUUUCGGUUUGGACACCAUAUCACUUUGCUUAUUCUUUGUGUUGCCACUAGAAGUCUGUAUGCACUUUGCUCCAAUGAUUUACCACAGCCUUUUCAUAUUCUUCUUGUACUGUUGUCAAGGACAGAGGCUUACAACAGCGUCGGAAAAGUUCGAGAUGGCGGUGUACUGCUGCGGCUGGGAGAAUUUGCGAGUGAAAGAGAGGAAGCAGGUGCUGCUGAUGUUGAAACGAGCGCAGAAGCCGGUCAUAGUAUACGCCGCUAAAGUUAUUCCAAUACGCAUUUACACUUUCGCGUCUACUAUGCAGGCUAUUUACAAAUUCGUGACUAUAUUCAAGGUGUAG